AUGGCCUUGAAUCGAGGAGUCGACGCGACCGACGAUUGGCUACUGCCGAGUGCCGAUUGCCAUCUAAUCGAGGACGAGGACAGGUCCGAGUGCCGACUGUCGACUGCCAUCUGCUCGAGAGUGGUAACUAGUAACAGUAUACUUCAAAUGAUUGCGGAGUUUGAUCCCGUCAAGAAACAACAUUUUCGGCUAAUUAAUGACAAAGAAACUCAUUAUCAUUAUCUUAGCCAUACAAUUCAAAAUGAACUGAUUCAAUUGUUGGCAUCUGAAGUUAAGAGUGUGAUUAUUAAAAAAAUCAAAGAGGCAAAGUAUUUUUCCGUAAUUCUUGAUUGCACUCCUGAUGCAAGUCACAAGGAACAAAUGACUUUGAUUAUAAGAUGUGUUGACAUGUCGUGUGCUCCCAUAAGUGUAGAAGAGUUCUUCUUAGAAUUUUUUGUUGUAGAGGAUACAUCUGGUUUAGGUCUCUUCACUGUGUUACAAGAUGUUUUAAAAUCUCUAGAUUUAGACAUUAAUUGUGUGCGAGGACAAGGUUAUGAUAAUGGAUCUAAUAUGAAAGGAAAACACCAAGGUGUUCAAAAAAGAUUGCUUGAUGUAAAUCCUAAAGCAUUUUAUAUGACAUGUGGUUGCCAUAGUCUUAACUUAGUUUUGUGUGAUAUGGCAAAUUCUUGUCAUAAAGCAAAAACUUUUUUUGGAACAUGUCAAACAAUAUACAAUGUGUUUGCUAAUUCUACCAAGCGAUGGAAUGUUUUACUUGAGUUUAUUGAUGAUUUGACUUUGAAAUCUUUGUCUACUACCCGUUGGGAAAGUCAUAUAGAAAGUGUUAAAGCUAUAAAAAGUCAAUUUGCUCAAAUAAAGGAAGCUUUGUUGAAAUUAUCUCAAGUUAGCGAUGAUGGAAAAUUAUGUAGAGAUGCUGAAUCUUUGGUAAAUGGUGAACUUUCAAGUUUUGAAUUUAUUGUCAGUUUGGUUAUUUGGCAUGAAAUUUUGUAUAAAAUCAAUUUAGUUAGCAAAAAGUUACAAUCUAAAGAUAUGCUACUUGAUAUUGCGGAAAUGUUACCGUCAAAAGCAUAUAAAGGAGAAAAGCCAUGGACAUCAAUUGAGAUUUUGGAGUUUGCAAAGAAGAUGGAUAUGUUUCCAAAUGUGUUGCUUUCAUAUAGGAUUUUGUUGACUGUACCCGUCAUGGUAGCAUCUGGUGAAAGAAGUUUUUCAAAGCUAAAGUUACUGAAGUCAUAUUUGCGGUCUACCAUGAGUCAAGAAAGGCUAAACGGCUUGGUGAUUUUUUUGAAGACAUUUUAUGAGAUGACAAUCAUAAUUUCUGGCUCACUUUAUGUCACCUCAAAUUCUUUCUUAUCCGAGAUUUCAUAUUUGAGUUGCAUUUUUGCCGAUAUGUUACAAUCUAAGUCAAAAGUUAAAGAGGAAAUGGGUGGUAAAAUGAAAGAGAAGUUUAGUAAAUAUUGA